AUGUCUGAGCUAGCUCCUCUGAAGAAGACUCCACCGAGUCAAAUAGGCAACAGCAAGACAGGGGCACUAUCCAAACGCCCUCAAAAAUCAAAAAAGGAGGAACUGCCACCCGGGGAAUCGGAGCCCCCCGAAGUACGCGAUAAGCGCCGUCAGCGGCUGCUGAAAUGCCUUGGCGAUAACAUAGAACACAACUAUCUGUUCAAUGCCUUUGUUGAAUCUCUGGGUGUGAAGGAGCGGGGGACUUGCAAAGGUCGUGAUGCUGUGCUGAAGCUUUCCUGGACCCCAGUCAAUCGUUUGCCCGAGGGUGCCGCAUACGCCAUCCUCAACAAGAGACCAGUCGAAGUCAAUGGCCGAGUACUGAAAGUCAAGACUGACAAUCAGAAGGCUGAGCUGGUUCCUGGCUUUGUCAAGCAGCUGACCCUGUGUCUUGCCCAGGCAAAUGACACUGGUGUCCUGCACAGGGAUAUCUCGGCAGGGAAUGUGUGCGUCAAAAACGACAAGGUGUAUGUCAUUGACUGGGGCUGUGCCAAGGUCAUUGGCUGGGGCACUGCUGAGGAUGCUGCCAGGGACACUGACCCAACUCAACUUAAACAUAUUGAGGUUGCCGAACAGUGGGGGUUCAAUGCAACAACAGUGGGACAAGUGGAGGUGGCCAAGGACCCAUUUACAGGGACGCCGCUUUUCAUGGGUAUUCCCAUGCUCAGCAGCAGCCCCAUCCGGGGAAUCCUUGAUGACAUGGAGAGUGUUUUCUAUGUCGUUAUGGAUGCAGUGCGCUCAGCGCACUAAGAGGGAUGACGUUCAGGGCUUCAAAUUCCUGGACUCUCCAUCCCUCGCCAUCACAAGGUGGGGUUUGAUCCAAGAGGAUGCUGUCUUGCUGAAGGGUUCAGUGUUGAUGGUUUAGCGCUAGGCUCAAAAAUCUCAUUUGUGCAAUGCGCCGGUUCUGUUUGAACCAGGAAACAAGGUUAUAGCCAUCGGCUCUGGUCAGACAGCACAUUUGUUCGA